UUGAAUUAAUACUCUUCCCAUCUUCAAUUUCUCAGCAACAAAAUCAAAAAACAAAAAUGCAUUUAUCUAUCCUCCUCCUUUCAAGCCUCCUCCUCCUCCCUCUCUCCGGCGCCUCCCCACCGCCGUUCCAGCACCACCCGUUCCCCAGGACCCGCCGCUCCGCCUCCCCCCAACCCCAAAAACUAAUCGAAGUCACCCGCCCCCUCCCCUACGACUCCCUGACCCCCGCCUGCAGCCUCCCCCUCUUCACCCACAGCUUCGGCAACACCUACAAUCUCCCCCCCGCCGCCGCUAACUACUCUUCCCCCCUCGACUGCACCUGGUCCAACGCCGUCCUCCAAUUCUCCGGCGCCUCCAAUGGCUCACAAUACGACCGCAUCUCCGCCAUCUGGCUCGCCGGCACCGAGCUCCUCCGCACCAGCACCCCCGAGCCCACCCCUCACGGAAUCUCUUGGACCUUCCGCAAAGAUAUCACCCGCUACUCCUUCCUCCUCCGCUGCUCCAACCUCACCCUCUCCGUCAUGCUAGAGAACAUCGUCGAUGACACAUACACCGGCAUCUUCCACAUCAACAUCACCUUCCUCUUCUACAACAUCAGAAAAUCCCCAAUCUCAAGCCCUAGAAAACUCAUACGCAAUUUUCCCACUGCGUCGCUCGAAUUGGACCAAAUCCCCGCCGAUUUGAUCAUCCCGGUGUCGGCCGCAGGGCAGGAAGGGUUCUGGUUCAGAAUCCAGAGCGAGAACGACGCCGUUUCCAGAGAGAUUCAAAUCCCUAGCAACACGUACAGAGCAGUGAUCGAGGUCUACGUCUCCGCCCACGGUGACGACGAAUUCUGGUACUCAAACCCGCCGGAUUACUACAUCGAGAGGAACGGAUUGAACAUCACGCGCGGCCACGGCGUCUACCGCGAGGUUCUCAUCAAGCUCGACGGCGAUGUCGUCGGAUCGGUCCUCCCCUUCCCCGUCAUCUUCACCGGCGGCAUAAACCCCCUGUUUUGGGAUCCAAUCGUCGCAAUCGGCGCUUUCAACCUACCUUCCUACGAAAUCGAGCUCACUCCGUUUCUAGGCACGCUGCUCGACGAAAAACCGCACAAUUUCGGAUUCGGAGUCGCCGAAUCGAUCCCCUUCUGGCUCGUCGACGCCAAUCUGCACCUUUGGCUGGACGACGGCCCGGUGCGCGUCACCGCCGGGAAGAUCAAGUACAAAAACCCUAACAGUCGCAUCCAGCGCGAAUCCAGCUUCGCGAAGCUCGACGGCAAAUUCAGAACGGUAGGACAGAGGGAUUCGGAAUCCUCCGGCUGGGUGCACUCGAGCGCCGGAAACCUAACCACGCGCGCGAUCACGAAGCUGAAAUUCGACAACGAGGUCAGCUACAGGAGCAACGGCACGAUCGCGAAGGUCGAGCACGAGGUGACCGUGCAGAAGCAGAUCGAGAUCUCGAUGGCGUCCUCCGGCACGGUGGCGACCUCAAGCGUGGACUCGAAGUACCCGCUGAUGCUGAAAACGGCGACGGCGGCCGGAUCUGAGGCGGGGAAUUACGAAAUGUCGACGGAUCUGGAGGUGUCGUACGAGGAGGAGAAGAAGAUCGAUCAUUUCGAGAGUCAAUUGAAGAACAAGCAGAAGUGCAAGGGGUGGAUGUUCGUGCAGGGACACGACGUGGUCUCUGGCAGCGGCGCCACGUCGCAGAGUUACGCAGUGCAGGAUAGCCACAGCUGCUAUAAUCGGAAGAUAUCGGCGAAUGAAGGCGCCGUGGUUAGCGACGCCGAGAAUUUCCUCUGCGGUGGUAGGGGUGUUUCUGGAUCUCGAUCAUCUGAUUAGAAUGAAUUCAAUGUGCUUUUUGUGUUUAUGGUUUGAUAAUGUGUGAGUCUUUAGCAUUUAUUUUUUGUUUUUUUUUGGAUUUGUAAGAUUUUGAUUUGGAUUUGGAUUUGGAUUUGGAUUUGGAUUUAAUGUCAUUGAGUUUAAUUAUUUUAAACUCAUUUAA